AGGCUCAACAUCGAAGGGUUGUUAGUCUAUUUCCCAUAUAACUACAUUUACCCAGAGCAAUAUUCCUACAUGCUGGAACUCAAGAGGACCCUGGAUGCCAAGGUAAACUUGUUGUAGACCUAUCCUAAUGCUAUGGCCCUACGCAUGAUGGUAACACAUUGUUUAUCCAAAGGGACAUGGAGUUCUGGAGAUGCCAUCGGGAACCGGGAAAACUAUCUCUCUUCUGUCAUUGAUUGUUGCAUAUCAGCGGGUGAGUCAAGAUACGUCCGUUAUCUUUAUCACCAUCUGGUCCUCUUUGACAAUUCACUUAUACAGUGAUCUCUCCUCUAUUUGACAGGAGUAUCCCCUUGAAGUCACAAAGCUGAUCUACUGUUCCCGAACUGUUCCUGAGAUGGAGAAGGUGUUCUCUCUCUCUUCUCCUUCACCUCUCUGUGUGCUCCCCUGUCCUUGAAGAACAUAUGUUUCUCACCCCCUUCUCUGAUGCCAUGUUGCUCCCUUCUCCAUCAGGUGGUGGAGGGGUUGAGGAAGCUUAUGGAGUUCUGUUCUAAGGAGACUGGAGAGAAGAACAACUUCCUGGCUCUGGCGCUCUCCUCUCGGAAAAACCUGUGUUCACCCCGAGGUAGGAGUGCCAAUAGCCCAUUUUAUAUACCUCGAUGGGGGUGUUUUUGUCUCAUAAUAUGAAAUUACAGUAGGCUACCAGUAUAGCCUGUAUCGAUUACGCUUUUCAGAUAUAAUGGUACAGUGAGGGAAAAGUAUUUGAUCUCCUGCUGAUUUUGUACGUUUGCCCACUGACAAAGACAUGAUCAGUCUAUAAUUUUAAUGGUAGGUAUAUAACAACAACAACAAAAAUCCAGAAAAACGCAUGUAAAAAAUGUUAUAAAUUGAUUUUACAUUUUAAUGAGGGAAAUAAGUAUUUGACCCCUCUGCAAAACAUGACUUAGUACUUGGUGGCAAAACCCUUGUUGGCAAUCACAGAGGUCAGACGUUUCUUGUAGUUGGCCACCAGGUUUGCACACAUCUCAAGAGGGAUUUUGUCCCACACCUAUUUGCAGAUCUUCUCCAAGUCAUUAAGGUUUCGAGCAUGACGUUUGGCAACUCGAACCUUCAGCUCCCUCCACAGAUUUUCUAAAGCGAGACUAAAUUCCAUCACUAGGCGACAAGAACAGUCAAUCCUAGCCUGCCAGCUGCCUGCGUGCAGACCACUCUUUCCUAAAAAAGUACUUUAAAGUUGGUUAAAUAUCGCAAUUUACCAAGACAUUUAGUAGAACGACAGCACAUCUUGCUACCCUACCAUUAAAAAACUGCCUAAACAACACAGCAGCCCUUCAAUCAGCAACGUUUAUUGUUGUCAGCGAAACAAUAGAACGUGUUAUGCAGGAGCAGAAUUCUACUGUCUGAAAAGGUACAUAGGUUUAUGAUGUGGCACUUUUUUAAAUUGUCUGAAAAUUUGUCAAUUAUCGACAUGUUAGUGUACUGCGUUCUAGUCUGUAAAGGGUCGCGGUAGACAACUUCAUUGCCCGGCCCUAGCGGUCAGUACACUGACGACAGUAUAUCUUCACGAUGUCACCCACUAACCGUGGUCCUGUAACGCCAUUCAUCCGCGCCCAACAGCACAGCAACCCAAGCCUGCCUUCGUGCCGUUUCUAUGAGGUGAGGAGCUUGGGAUUGUGACAAAGAGAUUGAUCUGGGACUUCCAUGCCUCCGUCUGUCUGUCUGACUGACUGAUUCUGUCUUUUCCAGGAGUUUGAUGCUAUGGGAAAGCAGGUGCCCCUCCCCGCUGGAGUCUACAACCUGGACGAUCUGAAGGACUUUGGUUGGAGGAAAGUCUUGUGCCCUCACUACCUAGCACGCUAUUCGGUAAGAAUAGCCCAUUGUCAUAGCAUCUGAUGUUUUUGUAGCAUGUUAUAUUUGACAGCAUUACUAAAGACAGUACAGUAUGAAGAUAGGAAGAAACUGCUUCUCCAGUAGAAAUCCCCGAUCACACUUGUAGACGACGUUGGCUAUCUAAACUCAUGCGUAAAAGCACGUCAUCAGGUCUAAUAGUCGUCCUUCACUGAACUGAGCAUGUGCAGGCCAUCAAAUCAAAGGCACUCCUUCUUUAUAAAGUUGUUUUUGACAAAAAUGAAAAUGUGUACGUUUGUCACUUUCACAAGGUUGGAGUAAUAACAUGUUCAACUACUUAAGAGAUUGGCUCGAAUCUAGGUUGUGCCUUUAGAUUUCGACAAAAUUAACAACUAAUGAAGAAUUUUUCACUUCUCAAACCCUGGCCUGGUCUGCUUGGUCUGUUUCGCAAGUGUUCCCGCAAGUCUCGCAAUGUUGCACCUCUGGGUUUAGAAACUCUGUGGCAUGAAUUACUGUAUGAAGGAGAUAUACUAGUCGUGAUGUUUUUCAUUUAGCUUCUUUCCUUAACACAGAUCCUCCAUGCCAACAUCAUAGUUUACAGUUAUCACUACCUCCUGCACCCAAAGAUUGCAGACCUUGUCUCAAAGGAGCUCUCCAAGAAAUCGGUGGUUGUUUUUGACGAAGCAUAUAACAUCGGUAAGGACAGCCAUCUGUUAAGUUUCCCAUUUGUUUAAGAAACCCACUGUUUCAAGCCUCCACAAGCUGAUAUUCCAUCCUCCUCAGACAAUGUGUGCAUCGACUCAAUGAGCGUCACAUCACCAGGAGGACUCUGGACCACAGUCAGGCCAACGUGGAGACCCUACAGAACACCAUUCUCAAGUAAGGUCAUACUGCUCAGGGUCAUACACUCAGGGGACUAGUGGAGAGCAGCACUAGAACCGCUGUCAUUUUAUGUGUACAAAGGAGAACGUACAAGGAGUCUAUAAUGAGACCGACUGAACCAGUUUGUUGUUCUUGCCCCAAAAGUGUAGAGUGUUGUGAUGUCAUCUCAACCUCUUGUCCUCUGCUGAAGGAUAAAGGAGACAGACGUAGCCAAACUGAAAGAGGAAUACAGACGAUUGGUGGAGGGCCUGAAAGAGGCCAACGUUGCCAGGGAGACCAACAUCUACAGUUGAAGUCGGAAGUUUACAUACAAUUUAGCCAAAUACAUUUACUCAGUUUUUCACAAUUCCUGACAUUUAAUCCUAGUAAAAAAUUCCCUGUCUUAGGUCAGUUAUGAUCACCACUUUAUUUUAAGAAUGUGAAAUGUCAGAAUAAUAGUAGAGAGAAUGAUUUAUUUCAUCACAUUCCCAGUGGGUCAGAAGUUUACAUACACUCAAUUAGUAUUUGGAAGCAUUGCCUUUAAAUUGUUUAACUUGGGUCAAACGUUUCAGGUAGCCUUCCACAAGCUUCCCACAAUAAGUUGGGUGAAUUUUGGCCAAUUCCUCCUGACAGAGUUGGUGUAACUGAAUCAGGUUUGUAGGCCUCCUUGCUCGCACACGCUUUUUCAGUUCUGCCCACACAUUUUCUAUAGGAUUGAGGUCAGGGCUUUGUGAUGGCCACUCCAAUACCUUGACUUUGUUGUCUUUAAGCCAUUUUGCCACAACUUUGGAAGUAUGCUUGGGGUCAUUGUCCAUUUGGAAGACCCAUUUGCGACCAAGCUUUAACAUCCUGACUGAUGUCUUCAGAUGUUGCUUCAAUAUAUCCACAUAAUUUUCUUCCUCAUGAUGCCAUCUAUUUUGUGAAGUGCACCAGCCCCUCCUGCAGCAAAGCACCCCCACAUCAUGAUGCUGCCACCCCCGUGCUUCACGGUUGGGAUGGUGUUCUUCGGCUUGCAAGCCUACCCCUUUUUCCUCCAAACAUAACUAUGGUCAUUAUGGCCAAACAGUUCUAUUUUUGUUUCAUCAGACCAGAGGACAUUUCUCCAAAAAGUACGAUCUUUGUCCCCAUGUGCAGUUGCAAACCGUAGUCUGGCUUUUUUAUGGCGGAUUUGGAGCAGUGGCUUCUUCCUUGCUGAGCGGCCUUUCAGGUUAUGUCGAUAUAGGACUUGUUUUACUGUGGAUAUAGAUACUUUUGUACCUGUUUCCUCCAGCAUCUUCACAAGGUCCUUUGCUGUUGUUCUGGGAUUGAUUUGCACUUUUCGCACCAAAGUACGUUCAUCUCUAGGAGACAGAACCCGUCAAAGUAGAUGUCCUAACCGACUUGCCAAAACUAUAGUUUGUUAACAAGACAUUUGUGGAGUGGUUGAAAAAUGAGUUUUAAUGACUCCAACCUAAGUGUAUGUAAACUUCCGACUUCAACUGUACAUGUCCAGAUGAGAUCCUCCAAGGUUAGCCCCCUGGAGUCCAGUCGAAAACAACGUUAUUGAGUAUUUGUUUAUAUUUGUUUCGAUUUAUGCUCAAAUAAGGUUUAAUGUAUCUAUCUUUCCCUUUCUAUACCCUGUCCUCCCUCCCCCGCACUGUCUUUCUUUACGCCUUUCCCUCUCCGCCUCCAGAGGUGGUGCCUGGCAGUAUCCGCACGGCAGAGCACUUUGUGGGCUUCAUGAAGCGUUUCCUGGAGUACCUGAAGGCCAGGCUGAGGAUUCACCAUGUGGUUCAGGAGAGCGCUCCACCGUUCCUCAGACAUCUUCGAGAAGGUCUGCAUUGACCGCCAGCCCCUCAGGUGACUUCUACAGUACUUUUGUGUUAGUUUUGAAUAGCCUGGUGCUGUUGGUUGGUGGAGAUUUCCACUUUAGGACCAAUGGAAUGGCCCUAACAUGUGCCAACUCUGUCCACCAGGGCACCGGGCAAUGCAAAACGGAUGCUCCCAGACCUAACUGACUCCAUCGUGGAUUAUGUGUCUUUGGUACAUUGAAAGAAGUUUCUAGAAACUCCUCCUUAAUUCUUAUAUUACAUAUAUAUUUGUUUAUCUAGAUUCUGUGCCAAGAGGUUGCGUCCGUUGCUGAGGACUUUGGAGAUUGCGGACAUCGGCAGGUAGCAAAGUGGUUAAGAGUGUUGUGCCAGUAACCCAAAGGUCGCUGGUUCUAAUCCCAGAGCCGACUAGGUGAAAAAUCUGUCAAUGUGCCCUUGAGCAAGGCACUUAACCCUAAUUGCUCCUGUAAGUCGCUCUGGAUAAAAGCGUCUGCUAAAUGACAAAAAAAUAAAAAAAUAAUUUGCCACUCUGGUCAGCACUUACAGCAAAGGUACUGAACCUCCUUAGGCUGACUGUUUCCAUGUUACCGCUACAGCUCUGCAGUUAUUUACUUUCUUUGUCCUUUCCUUGCCACCCUCAGGCUUCACCAUCAUCACUGAACCCUUUGAAGACAGAACCCCCACCAUUGCUAACCCCGUGCUGCACUUCAGGUGGGGUUAAUUUGUGUCGAGCGUAUUUUGUUUUGUCAGCAGAACGGUGUGAUAUUGAUGGAUGAGAUGUUGUGCCACUACAAGAGCCAAGGGUGAAAUAAUCCAUCAGGAUGGAAGUGAAUGACUGAUGUAUACACUCUGCUUAGUAACUCAUUGUGCCAUUGGAUAGUUUAAAUGCACCAUAAGAAGUGAUUUGUCAUUCAUCUUAUCUGGGAUCUAGUUGAGAGAAACAUGAACAAUUAUUUUAUUAUGUGUGGCAUAAAUCCAGGUUCAGGCAUUCAUGUAGUUUCAGAUAUUAAACAGCCUUUAUUUUAUGGGCUAGUGCAUAAAGAAACACCAAUGUGUGUUGGCUUACGCUUUUUAUCUCGGAUCUACUUCUAGCCCUGGCUCUUCUCUCCUCUCCCUUCAGCUGUAUGGACCCUUCCAUUGCCAUCAAGCCUGUGUUCCGAGCGCUUCCAGUCUGUCAUCAUUACGUCAGGGGUAAUCUCCCUCCCUCUUCUCUCUCUCCUCCUGUUCCUAGAUUAACUGUGGCCUAGUGAUUAUAAACCACCUGCUGAUGGUCUCAUCUGUCCAAGAUGGGGCCACUCACAUUCCAAUGCAGUCAGGCUAGAGGGCUAUUUGUAAACUUAGUGCUGUGUCUUGUCCAUGUACAUGUGUUAAUGAGGGACACAUGGCUUUUCUUUGUGUUUCUCAGUACUUUAUCAACAGGGGAUUCCCCCUUAAAUCUGCAGCAUUUUAAUGAUUUCUUUACCACCAUUCAGAAUUACAGUUUAUCAAUGAAUUUGCAUGCGAUGCAAACAGAAAUGUAAAGAAGUUUGAUAGUUUUAAUAUUAUUUUCUGUAUAUUAUUUUGCCUGUAGGUGUACUCAGCGGUCAGUUGAGUAGUAUGAUCAUCACUUCACUCCAUUGAUCCUAACACAAGAUCCCUUGGCUGUGUGUUGGCUUGGCUGUCCUACCCUGUGGCUGUCUACUUCUGAUCAUGUUUCUAUCCACAGACCCUUUCACCGUUGGAUAUUUACCACCGAAUCCUGGACUUCCGGCCUGUUACCGCGGCAUCCUUCACCAUGACGCUGGCACGCACCUGCCUCUGCCCUCUUGUGAGUAACCUCAGAAACAGUCUACAUGAUAUGACCUGAGUGGUUAAUCCAAGUUAUGCUGAGCUUCAGAAAGGAUGCAAGGGGGUGACACUGAGCUCUUUGUCUUUCAGGUGGUGGGGAGGGGGAACGACCAGGUGGCCAUGACCUCCAAGUUUGAGACACAAAGAUUUUGGUUAGUGAUUGUUACAUUGUAUCGAAAUAUUGUAAGCUUGCCUUGCCUCUUUGUGAGCUUAGCCUCUCCUUUCCUUAGUUGGGAUAAACAAAACAUUGAAAUAAACCUGGUUUGGGUUCUAUUUUUCAGCUGUCAUCCGUAACUAUGGCAACCUGCUGCUGGAGAUGACUGCGAUCGUGCCCGACUGCAUCGUGGCCUUCUUCACCAGCUACACCUACAUGGAGAACGUUGUGGCGUCGUGGUAUGAGCAGGUGUGUACACACGGUCCACAAAUGGAAGUCAGAAUAAAUGUGAAUAACGUGUGGUUCUGUCUGUACUGUUAUAGCAAUAGACAUAUCUAUGUUAGUAUUUUAUUGGCAGCAGAUUGAAUUGUGCCCAGAAAAGAAAUGUUUUGAAGGGUAGUAAUCUAGAAGUUGAGUAAGCGUUGUCCGCUUGUCCCUUUGUGUCUCUGUCUGUAGGGCAUCUUGGAGAACGUCCAGAGGAACAAGCUGAUCUUCAUCGAGACCCCAGACGUAGCAGAGACCAGCAUGGCUCUGGAGAAAUAUCAGGAGGUCAGGAGACCCUUUCUUUGACUGUCUUAGGUUGUCUUCUGUCGUUGUCUGUGACCUCUGACCUCUUGUCCGUUGUGCCCCAGGCCUGUGAGAACGGCAGAGGAGCCAUCCUGCUGUCUGUGGCCAGGGGAAAGGUGUCCGAGGGAAUCGACUUUGGUGAGUGUUUAGUUCCUGUAGCAUAGUAGUACAGCCUCCAUCAGUCUCAUUUGCAAUACAAAAUGGCCGCCAAAGUUACAACACAGUUCAUGUACAGUGAGGUGUUCAGUGUAGUUAUUUGAAGAGAUGAGUGAUAUGAAACUGUCUCCCUCAGUCCACUAAUUUGGCCGCGCAGUGAUCAUGUUCGGAGUGCCUUACGUUUACACACAGAGCCGGAUCCUGAAGGUCAGUCUAACUCCUGUUGUUUAUCAUCCUUCCCUUGUUCUUCUCUUCUGCUUUAUUCACUGUUUUGGUCUAUGUUCCUCUGUUCUGCAUAUGUCCUCCUCAACCCUCUCUGUUAUUCCUUCACUUUACUUCCUUUAAUCCUAAUGGUCUGUUUGUCCAAAAUAUUUAUCCUUCUCCUCUUCUGUCCAUCUCUACCAGGCUCGUCUGGAGUACCUGCGGGACCAGUUCCAGAUUAGAGAGAAUGACUUCCUGACGUUUGAUGCCAUGCGGCACGCAGCGCAGUGUGUGGGCCGCGCCAUCAGGGGCAAGACUGACUACGGCUUGAUGAUCUUCGCAGACAAGGUGAGGACCUUUUGGAACUUGGGUGUGUCCAAAAGUUUGAUCAUUGAUACAGACUCUACCCUGAUAAUUUUAUCUUCUUUUAAUUGUCUGUAAUGUCUACUUAAAUGUUUCAUGUAGUUUUAGUUCUGUAUUGGACCCCAGGAAGAUUAGCUGAUGUUAUGGCGUCAGCUAAUGGGAUCCUAAUAAAAAUUUAUAAAUUCCUCUUGUGGAAUUCUGGAAGUUAAAAGCCAUAAUGCACAGAGGUCCCAGCAGGUUGUUCCAUAAUGCUGUUACCUAUCUAGUGCCUCCACAUCAGUGGUAACAAAUAUGUGUAAAAUAAAAAAAGGCUAUUGAAGAGAAUUGGAACAAAGCCUAAGAUCCUGUUUCUCUCUCGUGUUGCAGCGCUAUGCCCGGGCUGACAAGCGAGGGAAGUUGCCCCGGUGGAUUCAGGAGCACCUCACUGAUGGCAGCCUUAACCUGACCAUCGACGAGACGGUACAGCUGUCCAAACACUUCCUACGCCAGAUGGCCCAGCCCUUCAAACAGGUAUAGCAUAUCACAGUAAAGGGACAUGUUUAGCAGGGUUCCAAGGUUGUGGAAACAAAUGUUAUUUAGACACCUGUCUGACAUGUAGAAUAAGAAAUCAGGUCAGGCCUCCCGAGUGGCGCGGCGUUCUAAGGCACUGCAUCGCAGUGCUAGAGGCGUCACUAUAGACCUGGGUUCGAUCCCAGGCUGUGUCACAACCGGCCGUGAUCGGGAGUCCCAAAGGGAAGCGCACAAUUGGCCCAGCAUUGUCCGGGUUAGGGGAGGGUUUGGCCGGGGGGGCUUUACUUGGCUCAUCGCGCUCUAGUGACUCCUUGUGGCAGGCCGGGCGCCUGCAGGCUGACCUCGGUCGUCAGUUGAACAGUUUCUCCUCCGACACAUUGGUGCGGCUGGCUUCCGGCUUAAGUGGGUGGGUGUUAAGAAGCGCGGUUUGGCGGAUCAUGUUUCGGCGGACACAUGACUUCACCUUCGUCUCCCAAGCCCGUUGGGGAGUUGCAGCGAUGAGACAAGAUCAAAAAAGGGGGUACAUUUAAAAAAAAUAUUCAUGACAUCUCUACCUGCAACGUUCUUCAAUGUUUGCCAACUGAAUGUGUACCAGGUCUCCCCUUAACCCCUCCUUUCUCUGAAUGUCUCUCUGUCAUCCCCCCUCAGGAGGACCAGUUGGGCCUGUCUCUGCUGACACUGGAGCAGCUGCAGUCAGAGGACAUGCUGCAAAAGAUCCAGGCAGUGUCAUCACCCAGUCAAACCCACGUCUGUCAUACAGACAAGAUCACUGUUCCAAUACUGUCCUAUUGUAAAUAG